AUGACUGCGAGAUAUGAUAGAGCUAUUACCGUUUUUUCUCCCGAUGGUCACUUGUUCCAAGUUGAAUAUGCUCAAGAGGCCGUCAAGAAGGGGUCUACUGCCGUCGGCGUAAAAGGAAAAAAUUGCGUCGUUCUCUGUGUCGAACGGAAAGCAACUACGAAACUUCAAAAUGACAGAACUGUCCAUAAAAUAUCUCUUUUGGAUGAGCAUAUAUCGGUUGCUUUCGCUGGUUUAACUGCCGAUGCUAGAAUACUUAUUGAUAGAAUGCGAAUUGAAUGCAAAAGCUAUCGUCUGACUGUAGAAGACCCUGUGACAGUUGAAUAUGUAGCUCGACAUAUGGCUCAGUUAAAGCAGAAAUACACUCAGAGCAAUGGCCGUAGACCUUUUGGAGUAUCUACUCUUUUAUGUGGUGUUAAUCAGGAUGGCACUGCGCACCUUUAUCAGACCGAUCCAUCUGGUACCCAUUUUGAAUGGCUGAAGGCAAAUGCCAUUGGUAAAAAUUCGAAAGCUGCCCGCGAAUUUUUGGAAAAGAAUUACUCUGAAGAGGUAGUUGAGACGGAGGAAGGAACUAUCAAGUUAGCAGUCAAGGCACUUUUCGAAGUUGUGCAGACUGGUGCGAAACACAUGGAAUUAGGAGUUAUGAGACGUAGAGAAGGUGCGAAGCCUGGAGAAUCUUUUGCUGAAUGGAAGCGGGAUUCUGGCGGCAUUUUUAGAAAACUAGACUAG